UGGUUAAAGUCAGCACGAACAGAAGCUGAAGUAUGCCCGAGCAAAUUACGUCGGCGUCAGAAACUGAGAAACAGCUCCCACCAUAGGCCACGCCGGUCACAUUUCAGUGUAACGUUGGGAGACUUUCCUUCUCUCGCUCGAGGAACAGCAGAACUUUUCUGUUUAGAGAGCAAGUCCUCUCAGAAUGGCCGAAACUGCUGAAGAAUCGAAGAUGAAAACAGGAAGACAAAGUCCUUCUUGGAAUCGCCCUAACAUGUCUGUAACUAGGAGAAUGGUACUGGUUGGGAAGACUGGUGCUGGGAAAAGUUCUUCAGGAAACACCAUCCUGGGCAGAAAAGGAUUCCGAGCUGCUCUUAGUGGAUCCUCUAUCACUAAAGAGUGCUGGAAGGAGACAGAAUUGGUGGGAGACACUGAAGUGGUUCUGGUGGACACUCCUGGUCUUUUUGAUACCUCACUUUCAGAAGGAGAUUUACAAAAGGAGAUCAGUAAGUGCAUUAACAUGACUUCUCCAGGACCCCACGCCAUCAUACUGACCAUUCAGCUCGGACCCUUCACUGAAGAAGAGGUUUUAGCUGUGCAGAAGAUCAGAGCUGUUUUUGGGGAGGAAGCAGACAAAUACACCAUCAUCCUCUUCACACAUGGAGAUGAACUCAAGAUACCCAUUGAAGAACAUCUGAGUCGAGCUGAAAGACACCUCCAAGACCUUAUAGAACAGUGUGGAAAAAGGUAUCAUGUAUUUGACAACACAAAAAGGCAUGAUCGCUCCCAAGUUCUCGAAUUCCUGGACAAGGUGGAAAACAUGAUGACGGCAAACGGGGGUGGACACUACACCAACCCCAUGUUUGGUGAUCUGGAACAGAAGCUGAAGGAGAAGGAAGAUGAAUUAAAGACUGAAUAUGAACACAAACUACAGGAGUUAAUAUUAAAAUUCAGUGAAGAAAAGAAUGCCUUACAGCAGGAAAUAGGAAAGUUGAAGGAAUCUGAUCAGGAGAAAGACAGGAAGGUUGAGGAGCUGGAACUGCUGAUUAAAAAGAAGAAUCGAGAGCUAAAUGAAUACAAGCGUUUUUAUGAGGAAAAGUGUAGGAAUGUUAGACUGAAGGCAGAAAAAACUCAAUUCAUUGAACAAGUACAAGCAGUUUGUACCAAGUUAAGAAAAUUCUUUAUUAAAGAAUGAAAAAAAAAACGUUCUAUUAAAGUUUAUAGUAAAGCGUUAAGUUGAAUUAGAAUAAGGUAUUUACUACAGGUCUGCAUGUACACAGUAUCUGAAGAAGUCCGUCUAUGCCAUCAAUCAAAUGGACUUUUAUAAAUGGCUAUAAAAUAAGAAGAAUGAAAUGGUUUAAAUUGUAUUGAUUAUUUACAGAUUUUAGUUUUAUCUGAUUCCAGCAUUAUGUAAGUGAACCCACAGGGUUAAGACAAUAAUCCUAGUUCAAUGUUAAUUGUACUGUGUUUUAUAUUUUUCUCCGUUUGAACACAGGUCAAAGUAAAAUGUUAUUACAUAAAAUGUUAUUAUUGCACUUACAUCUGUA